UUCACCACCGGUUUUCUGGUUUAAUAUACGUUUUGCGCGCGUGAUUUUUUUGGUAAAAAAACGUGAAUUACUUACUUAAAAUUACAUACACUACUACAAUGACCGUCGGGAAAGCUAGCAAGAACUUACCAUGGGUUGAGAAGUAUCGACCAUCUAAACUAGAUGACCUGGUGUCCCAUGAUGAUAUCAUCAAAACAAUAAAUCAGUUCAUGCAACAGAAUCAACUGCCUCACUUGUUAUUCUAUGGACCUCCUGGCACUGGAAAGACAUCUACAAUUUUGGCAUGUGCACGGCAAAUGUAUACUCCACAGCAAUUCAAUUCUAUGGUUUUAGAAUUGAAUGCAUCUGAUGACAGAGGCAUAGGUAUAGUGCGAGGGCAAAUUCUAAGUUUUGCUUCAACUAGAACAAUAUUCAAGGCAGGACCAAAACUCAUUAUCCUGGAUGAAGCUGAUGCUAUGACCAAUGAUGCCCAGAAUGCUCUUAGAAGAAUAAUCGAGAAGUACACGGAGAACGUUCGUUUCUGCAUCAUCUGCAACUACCUGGGCAAGAUCAUUCCGGCGCUGCAGUCGCGAUGCACGCGGUUCCGCUUCGCGCCGCUACAGCAGAGCCAGAUCGUGCCGCGGCUGCAGGAGAUCGCACGCGCCGAGGGUGUGAAAAUGUCCGAGGACGGGGUUAAGGCGCUGCUCGCGUUGUCCGGCGGCGACAUGCGUAAGGUGCUGAACACACUGCAGAGCACGUGGCUGGCGUCGCGUGACGUCACCGAGGAGACCGUGUACACGUGUGUCGGGCACCCUCUGCGCACUGACAUCAACAAUAUAGUCAACUGGCUCAUGAAUGAGAAUGACUUCGCAACGUGUUUUAAAAACAUUCAAGAUCUGAAAAUUUUGAAGGGAUUGGCUCUCAGCGACAUUCUCACUGAGGUUCACACUGUGAUACAGAGAGUGAAACUACCGCCGGAGGUGUUGAUAUCGCUGUUGAUUAAGAUGUCUGACUCCGAGGCUCGGCUGGCGAGCGGCUGCAGCGAGCGCAUCGAGCUCGCCGCCCUCAUCGCUGCCUUCCAAGUGGCCCGGGAUCAAGUCUCCAUAGAAGACGCCGCCUCUUAGAGCAUCGCCACUUUAGGUAUUAUAUUAUUCAUAUUUACGAGACUAGGAUAAGAUUGGUCAUCGCCCCUUUCAAAGGGGGAAUUAUUCGCUUCAGAAUCGUUCAUAUUGCGUUGACGGAACGUAUAUUUUGUAUUGGCGGAAAUAAAUCAAUAAACUUGUUUUAUACUUAUUAAAGAUA